AUGGUAGCCAGAGACCAAGUUCAUGCUUAUGGAGGGUGGCAAUCAAUGUUAGUGAAUGGAAGCUUUAGCAUUCAUAAAGCUUAUCUUAGAAUGAAGACAGUCUCUGAUAGAGUUCAAUCAAUGUUAGUGAAUGGAAGCUUUAGCAUUCAUAAAGCUUAUCUUAGAAUGAAGACAGUCUCUGAUAGAGUUUCUUGGAGAAGGGUGAUAAAGGAUAACAUAGCUUCCCCUAGAAGUGUCUUUAUUCUUUGGCUAGCAGCACAACAAAGGUUGGCAACGACAUACAUGCUACUGAAAUGGCCUAUUCAAUACAACCCUGUUUGCAAACUUUGUGAUGAUAAAAACGAAACAAUUGAGCGUUUGUUCUUUGAAUGUCAAUACACUAAUACAGUGUGGAGCCAGCUUCUUAGAGUUAUUAAUAUUCACGGAAGAGGGCAAGGAUUCAAUAUGGAAUUGCAGGCAGCUUGUAGAAAGGCUCAUAACAAAACUCGAAGAGCAAGAGUUUAUGUUAUGAUAUUCACUGAGGCAGUUUAUAUGUUGUGGCACCAGAGAAAUCAAAAGAUCUUCUGUAACACACUGAUGCAACCUGAUAGAGUUUAUAAAGAGAUCCUAUUUAGAGUGGCAGCUCGAUGUAAUGCUAGUUGUUUGACGUUUUGUGUUUGUUUGCUUUCCCUCCAUUACUAG